GGAGCUCAGAGAUCAGAGAAGAAACGCUGCUUUAAACUAAGAGUUAUCUUGAAUCGUCUGAAAAAAUGAGGGUCCUCGCUAUAGUCCUUGUUUUGGUGCUGUGUGUGUGGAGGGGAGCUCUGAGUGUGCAAGUCAAGGUUGGGGACAGGAGCUUUCCCUUAGAGGCGGUGAGGGAGCUGAAGGAGCUAAUGGAAUUGGAAGACGGCCUCAACCCCCAUCUUGCAGAGACAAGCAGUGCUGCAGUGUGUGCCCACCCUCUCCUGCCUCAAGUCUUUCGCCCAGUGUGCCAAGGGAAGGGAGCAGGAAUCGUUUUCUCAAGACUAGCAUACAUCAUGAGGUCAUCAGAUCCUUGUGAGAUAUGUGCCAACCCUUCCUGCUUUGGGUGUCUGGACUGAAAGAGCGAUCUGCUAAAUGCUCAAACACAUCGAUUUAGAGCUCAAGAGGGACUAAUCUUCAAUAGCUUUUUUUUCCACAUCUCUAUAUUUAAGACUUGCAUGGACACAACCCAUGCUGUCGCCCAGCAACAAGCCCAAAAGGUCCCGUGGCUCAGGGGUCAACAGAAUAGAUUUUGGAUUGUAGUUACAUUUAAUAAUGAAUAGUGCCAUUUUUAUAUACAUAUUUUAGAUGUUGUUAAUAACCUAUAAGUGCUUCAUAAUUUUUUUUUAGAGAUCUGUCACAUAAAUCUGAUGUAUGUGAUAUAGAUCAGAUUGAUGUGGGCCAAUAAAGUAGCCAGUAUAUAUAACAGAAAUUUUGUGUGUCUUUUAAGGGGCUUGUGUUUGGACGCCCAUGAUCCCUUUAACUCCAGCUUCAACAGGAUUCACUCUCUGUCCUUUAGACGACAAUCAUUUUGUUUUAUUUAAAGCUGCUCCCCUGCCUGUGUCUCCUCCAAAUUGAAGCCACUCAGCUAUAGACUGGGCAGCUAAAUGGGUCCAACAGAUCAGCUAAUGGAUAGAUAAAAUGAAAGAGAUGAACCCGGACAAUUAUUGUAAAACAGAGAUGACUCAUGCAUGUUUGUUUGAUUUUUUUCUUAAAUGA